AGUCAAGCGAAGGCACGACUCGAGCGGGUGGGUGCGAGCACGCGCGCGCGCCCCCGGUGCCCUCCCCGGUGACGUGCCUGGCCGAGGCCGCGCUUGGGCUCUGUAGCUGCCACUGAGCGCCUGUCAUGGCGUCCGAGGCGCUGGCUGAGUCGAGCCGGCCGCGGUGUCUAUAGGACGAGCGGCGGGCGGCCGGGGAUGGAGAGCGGCCCUGACAGCCUGCAGCCGCUUGAACACGGGGUGGCGGCGGGGCGACGUUCUCCGCCGGAAGGGCGACGGCGGAGCGGGCUCGAGACUAGGGAUGGCCCGGGAGGACGCGCUGUGGAGAGCGGCGGGCAGGGGGCGGCGGCCGCGGCGAGCAGCCUCGGGGACCCGGCGUCACCCGCCGCCCCUGCACCGCUCACGGGCGCCGCGGGUUCGGACUUGAAGGACAGCGCCUGGAAGGGCCCCGCCGCCGAGGCACCUCCGAGAGGGCAGCACAAGGUGACCGUCUCCCCGGUGCCGGCCGAGGCCGCGGCAGGCCGAGGGUCUGGGCUGGCGGGAGACGUGGGCACCUGCGGGGUGGAGCGCGCGGCCGGCUCGGACGAAGCCACCGGCGCCGGCGGCCUGAGCAGCAGCGGCAGCGAGCCCAGCCCUCCCGGGGACUCGCCCAGCCUGGACUCCCUGGAGUCCUUCUCCAACCUGCAUUCUUUCCCCAGUAGCUCUGAGUUCAAUAGUGAGGAGGGCGCGGAGAGCAGGGUCCCGGAGGAGGAGGACGCGGGUGCAGCUGGGCCGCCCCGGGCCGCCCCUCUGUGCGGAGAGGAGGAGGACCCCACUCAGGUGCUGGCGGCCUCCAGGGACCGCUUCCCAGGACAGUCUGUGUAUCACAUCAAAUGGAUCCAGUGGAAGGAGGAGAACACGCCCAUCAUCACCCAGAAUGAGAAUGGACCCUGCCCUUUGCUGGCCAUCCUCAAUGUUUUGCUUCUGGCCUGGAAGGUAAAACUUCCACCAAUGAUGGAAAUCAUAACUGCAGAGCAGCUGAUGGAGUAUUUAGGUGAUUACAUGCUUGAGGCAAAGCCAAAAGAAAUUUCAGAAAUUCAACGUGUAAAUUAUGAACAGAACAUGAGUGAUGCUAUGGCGAUCCUGCACAAACUGCAAACGGGUCUGGACGUGAAUGUCAAAUUCACCGGUGUGCGAGUAUUUGAGUAUACCCCGGAGUGCAUAGUAUUUGAUCUUCUUGAUAUUCCUUUGUAUCAUGGGUGGUUAGUGGACCCUCAGAUUGAGGACACUGUAAAAGCUGUUGGCAACUGCAGCUACAACCAACUAGUGGAGAAGAUCAUUUCCUGUAAGCAGUCAGACAACAGCCAGUUGGUUAGUGAAGGCUUUGUAGCUGAGCAGUUUCUAAACAAUACAGCCACUCAACUGACAUACCAUGGACUGUGUGAACUGACUUCAACGGUUCAGGAAGGAGAACUCUGUGUGUUCUUUCGGAAUAAUCACUUUAGCACCAUGACAAAAUACAAGGGCCAACUGUAUUUGUUGGUAACAGACCAGGGAUUUCUUACUGAAGAAAAAGUUGUCUGGGAAAGCCUGCAUAAUGUUGAUGGUGAUGGAAAUUUCUGUGACUCAGAAUUUCAUCUGCGGCCACCUUCAGAUCCUGAGACUGUAUACAAAGGUCAGCAAGACCAGAUAGAUCAGGACUACCUUAUGGCACUUUCUCUACAACAAGAACAACAGAGCCAAGAGAUCAAUUGGGAACAGAUCCCAGAAGGAAUCAGUGAUCUGGAGCUUGCAAAGAAACUGCAGGAGGAAGAGGACAGACGGGCCUCUCAGUACUACCAGGAGCAGGAGCAGGCUGCUGUGGUUGCUACCACCGCCUCCACACAGGCCCAGCAGGGCCAGCCAGCACAAGCCUCUCCAUCAAGUGGAAGACAGCCUGGGAAUAGCGAACGGAAACGCAAGGAACCUCGGGAAAAAGAAAAAGAAAAGGAAAAAAAUAGUUGUGUCAUUUUGUAGGAAGUUGGAGUCUGUGGGAGCCACCUAUCCAUACAACCCUGGAAAGGAGGGAAACCCGAUCAAUACCGUCUGUGCCUGAUUUCCCAAUGGACUUUGUUCAUGUUUUUCAAGGGAAAGGUUGUUACUUUGUUACAAUCAGACAUUUUUCAAGUUACCCAGUGCUCUUUAUGAGCUGGAGUUUCAUGUUACAAAUUGGAACUGCUGUGUGUCUCCUUUCAUGGGAAAUACUGCACUUGUAGCCAAAUAAGUAAAUCACAGCACAUCUUGUGUCACAGGGACAUACGCAGCUCCUGUCAGGUAGCGAGCUGUAUCUUCUGUUCUAGCCAGAAUAGGGGUCAGAAAGAAGUCACUGACGGAGUCCUUCCUUCUACAGAUGUAAUUAUUAGCACAACAGUUUCUGAGACUUUUACAUUGUUAAAUUAUGUUCUAAUCCACAAGAAACCAGGGGUUUAAUAUAGGGAUUCAAAAAGCAAGGCAGAGAAAAGAGGGAAAAAAAGCAGGAAUAAAUAAUCCUUCAUUGUAUAUUGGACUAGGUUUAGCCCUUGAACAGCUUUACCUUUCUUUAGUAAUGUACAUUUAGGUAUUAUGCUGAGAACUGAUAAUGGAGCUUGGAUCCAAUUUAGAUAGAAAACAAAGUAAAGAUUUUUAUUUUCCAAUAGCAAAAACAAAAAACAAAAAAACCUAACACUAAUACUUACAACCUAUCCAGAUCUGAUACUGACUUUGUAGUGAUGUGAAAUUUUGAGGAAUUUUGAAAUCUUUAGGUAACCUGGAUGGUAGUUACUAUUUAUUAACAGUGUAAUGAGUUUGAGGAGGAAACACAGUCCGCGAUCAGCCUUGUACAUAGGACAGAGAAGAGCAGAUAGUUCACUGUCUACCUUUUUCUAGAAUUACCUUGAACCUUAAAUUUUAAAUCAUGUUUAUUGCUAGGAAAUUAGGUAUACCUAAUUUAAAUAACUAUAGUUAUUUAAACCAAUAAAAAGCACAUGUUUGAAGGAGAGCUAAUCUGUGAGUCUAGUGAAAAGACAUAAGAAUCUGAGUGCAAAUACCAGUCUGAAGGAAUUUGUGUCAAAGCAAUCCAAUUUUUUAACUUAUGAGAACCAAAUAACCCCAAAACAUCUUAAAGCAUUUAUAGGAUUCAGAAAGAAUAUUUAUUUAACUUUAUUAUGAGGCAACACAUAUUUUCCUGUAUUUCUAGAUAUAGUUUAGAAAACUAUCCUUAACAAUCCUUUUUAUAUGCUUUGUAUUUAAAGAUUGUUUUAGUCAUUUUUGAACAGGCUAUUGCUGCUGCAGGUGGUUGUGAUUUGUUCUAAGCCUCAGUAAAUCUGUUUAUUUAUCACAAACUGAGCAUCCAGUUGGAGAAUAUUUCUUAUGAUCUGGAGGUGACAAAAGACUACGGGAAAAAUGUGGUCUAGAUUUUUAAAAAGCUAUUGUUAACUCUCUCCAUGAUCCAAAACCAAUCAUAGGAUGAGUCUCUAUGUAAAAAGAAAAGUCUUAUUUAUAGAAAGCAUUAUUCUAAGUGGAAAAAUUCAGGGCCAAGCUGUAUCUUUUAUAGACUUCUAUAUUGCGUGUUCAUGUUCCAUAAUUUAGUAUUAUUCAUAUUUCCUAUGCUAGCAAGAUAGAUCAUCAGAGAAUCCUUCUGGGGUAUAUAAAGCAUGCAUAUGAAGUAUUCAGUGAUUCAAACUUUGAGUACACAUUUGUAAAAAAAAUCAGUUCCAGCACUUGGGAGACAGAGGCAGGCAGAUCUUUGUGGUCUACAUAGUGAGUUCCAGGCCAGCUGGGGCUAUAGGGAGACCCUGUCUCAAAAUGACAAAAAAAAAAAAAAAAUCAGAUCCACUGGAGCAGGCUGAGCUCAACUCACAGCUACUUGGAACAUCAGUCUGUUGAUUGAAGGAGAAAACUCAAACCUCAGGGUUUGUUUUCCCCAGAACAAUACAUUAUAUUUUAAUUUAGAAAACAGUAAACCUUGAAUAAUUUUAAAAAGUAUACUUGGGGCAUAUUUUUCCAUAAUUAUAUAUUAGAUCUAUUUAUUACCCUUGAAAAAUCUAUGUAUAGAAAUUAUUCUUCUCUUAUUAUUUUUUACUAUCUUCCUAAUUUGUUCCAAAGACGAUACUGCCAUUCUGUAUUCAUUCCCUCUAGAAGGGGGGAAAAAAAGAAAAAAAGAACCACAGCUCACUGAGAAUCAACACUGAUGCUGUCAGAUAAGUAGAUGUCAUUGUGUAGUUAUAGAAACGAACUGAAAAAAAAAUGCAGUGUGUUUGUUAAUUCAGUCUUUUUACGUAAUAGUUACAUGUUAGACUUUAAUACAUUCCUAGAAUUCGGUUUGAUAUGCCAAGAAUAAUAAAAAGAUAUUUUCUUUGAUUACUGUGGAGAAUAUUAAAUGUUCAAUUCUAUUUAAACAAACUCCUCAGAUGCUGCUUUCUUGUCCUCAAAAGCUGUCAAGGGCCUAGAUAGAGCUGAUCAAUCUUUAUUUUCUUACUUUGCUUACGAUAACAGAUGAUUUUUUUCAGACUCACCAUUGUUUGUUUUGGGUGCACAGGACUUUGAAAGUGGUAUUUUGAGGCUUGUUUCCCCUCUACAAUGCUUUGUCCCACUUGAAAUGGUUAUAUAUUGCUAGCAGAAGUUAGAAUUUAAACGUCUGGGGGCUUAGCCAUUUUUAGGCUAAAUUGUAGGCACAUUUGACUCAUUGUGCCCACUCAACAACCUUAGAGCUAGCAGACCAACAGCAGAUAGGGUCCCUGAACUUUCCUCUUGCUUUCAAAGCCAGUCUAUUGAUAAGCAGACUUUCUUCAUGUCUAACCCCAUUGCAUCAACAAUGCUGUGACUCAUAGUAGUUUUUUGAUACUUAGCACUUCAGUUGUGUUUGUUUCUCUAAACCAAGUUCCCAUAACCUCUGUUAGAGUCUCAAAGCAAUCUGAAAACUUCAUUAAAUUUGAGUUGUCAUUUUAGGAAUAUGCACACACAUGGGCUGGUAGAGCACUUGUCUAGUACACACAAGGCCCUGGGCUCUUCCUAACACAGACAUUUGUACAUAGACUACUGAGCAGUAGAAUGUGAGUACCAGUGUGUAUGGUAAAGGAACUUCUGCAUUUCAAGGUCAGGCUAGGAUUUGAACAAAGCAGAUAUUUAAGUUUGGGAUUAGGUUCUGGAAUAUUCCUUGUUUUCACUGUCUCACAUAUCUUUCAUUUGACUGCUUUUCCCAUAUUGCGCUUUGACUUUUUCCUCCUGCUUUUUUAUUCAUCUUGGUUAACCUAAGCAGGUUACUAUCAGAUGUCAGUUGACUGAACCCAUUGUCAUCCAUUUUAUAAUCAUACAAAAUCUUAGCAUUUUAUUUUCAAUGAACUCAGUGCAACUGAGUUCAAGGAGACUUUGAAGAGAACUAGAGGGCAAAUGUUAGAGAAAAAAGUACUUGUCUCUUAAUGUUGGCAUAUGAAGCAGAUGUUUAUAAAAUCCUGGAGAAUUAAGGCAAGAAUUCCCAGGACUGUCCUCACUUGCUUAAAUUUUCUUAGCUUUUAUUUUUAGUUAAGGUCUUGCUAUAUAUCCAGGCUAGCCUGGAAUUGACUGUUGUAGACCUGGCUGCCUUCAAAUCCAGAAUCCUCCUGCCUUAACUGCCUAUUGCUGGGAUUACAGGCAUGUGCCACCAUACCAGGUUUAUUUAAACUUUCUUUAGAAAAGUAAACAGCAAACUAAUUGCAUUUUGCUUAGCUUUCUUAUAAUUGUACCAACUCUUUUUUUUUUUUUUUUAAUGACAGCUUACAGAUUUGUACCUAUCAGUCUUAGGUAUACAAUUUAAAAAAGAACUAAAAAAUUAAUGUUUGAUAAAAUCAGGCAGAAAGAUAAAGAUAAUCUCAUUUGUAUUUUAAGGGAUUGGGCAUGUGAAAUUCUAGGUCAUUUGUGUUUGAACCUGACUUUGGCCUGGCCUGGUGAUGCCCAUAUAUCAUCCCUGCACUCAGGAGGCUGAAGCAGGAGGAUCUUGAGUUCAAGGCCACCUGGGCUAUAGUAAGACCUUGUCCCCAGAAAUAAACAGUCCUGAUUCUUGCCUUGUCUUGGCAGACACUGUGUGCCUCGAUUCCCUAUGUGCAGGAUGCUCCUCUUUCUCUCUCCAAGGCUUUGCACUGCUGAAUGAAGGCCAUAGUUUGAGCACUGAGAAUUACUUAAAUUAUCACAGAUAAUAUCCUUUGUUCUUGAAUGUGCAGGCUUUUUCUAAUGACUUAAAUCAAAUUUUUUAUGUUAGCAUCAUGUCUUCCAAAAAAAUAUUUUGCAGUUGUUUUUGUUGGUUAGACUGUCAUGCCAAAAUCAAGAGUAUUUGGGGAGUAUAAAAUGCACCUUAAAAAAUCUUUGUUUUCCCAAUAUCUUUUACAGAUCUAAAUGCAUAGAUUCCUCUUGCCAUUUCCUCUGCUGAAUAAAGUGCUAUCAGGACUGACUGUGGUUUCUCAAGCGCUGUCAUCAUAGGACCAUUUUUUGUGAUUUUAGUGUGAAAUGUAAUUUGAUCAUGUUCAGGACAUUACCUUUAGACAGUGAGUGAAAGUGACUGAGGACUUCUCAGACUCUUAGUCCUGGCUCUCUGAUAUGAUUUCAGCAUGUCUUGUUGCUGAUGCCCAACACACAACUGUUAGGAGACGAUUAUGGGGAGCUGAAUUAAUUUUUCUCAGUUAACAAUUUAAAAUAACUCUUAAAAUUAAUAGCUUCCUGAACAGAAUAGAUUGCAAAAUAGAGAAGGUAAAACAGGAGGGAAAAUUUCAGGAUGCUGGUAAACUUACUUUGAAAACCUAUCUAAAACCUAAAUUGCAUGCCUUUACUUAAUCCUGGUAUUUCUGUUGUUAGGAAAUAGAAUUUUUGCAAAUUGUUAUAUACGUAUAUUUUUUUACAUGUAAGGUUCUAGUUUCUAACUUCUCUCUUCUGAUUUUGAAAAAAUUAAACUCGACAAACAGGGUAAAAAAAAUUUCAACUCUUGCCUCGAAUUCAAUGUUCUCUUGCCCUGAGAAAGGCAAGUUAGACUUGUCUGAUCAGCUGAUAUUUUUUGGUCUUCCAGGUAAGGAACUGCAAUACCUUGGCAGAGAUAGAAAACCCAAGCUUUGAACUAUAGUAGAUUAAAAACCAAAAGAGAUGUGUUAUUUCCACAGUGAGGCUUUCUAGUUUAUCCAUAUGAAUCGUAAAGAGUAACUCAGAUCACUUGGUAAUUUGUCACUGGUCACUUUUAAAAUGUUAUAUACCCCUGCACUGGAACAUCUUGCUUUGAGAGGCAAGACAGCCCUGUGCUUAGAGGAUGCACAACACAGAAAGAACACUGUGGAAGGCAAUCGGACUCCCUUGGUUCCAGUAGUCCUUUUAUAGCUUUAUGUGGAAAGAUGGGAAGCUGAAAUGCCCAGUUAAACUUAGAAACUGGCAGCGUGGCCAUUGGCACGGUAAUGGAAAAGCAGCUGUAGUUAAUGCCAGGUGUUUAAGACUGAGAUUGGUGUUUAAUCUUUGAAGAUUAUGUCACAAUGUUUAUUGCUGUUCUUUUCCCACAUACUAGUCUGUAUAUGAAACAGCCAUUGUUACAGUGUACAUAGUAUCUCUUUGCUUUUUUUUUUUUUUAAAUGAAGCUUUGAGAAACCUCCAGUGGUUUGUUAAGACUAUUGUCCUCAGUAAAAUGACAGCUCUUGUCACAGAGCCACAUACCACAAGUAGAACUUCUGUGUGACUGAUAACAGCAUGGGGAACCUCCCAGGUGCCCCAAAAGCUGAUGCUAGCACAAGCUAGCUGGGUUAAAAUGUGUAUUUGGGAGACUAGCCACUGAAAUGGAAUAAUGACUGCAGAGAAACUGUCAUUGUCUACUAGAAUAAGAAACGAAAUCUUUUCUCCAUGUUAGAGUCAGACUGUCAUGUCAUGUGACCUCUAGGCCAGGCUGCCAACCUAAAUGGAGUUCUAGAAAGUUCAAACCCAGAGAUUGUGUCUGAGUGCCUAUUUCUCUCCUUUCCCUGCUUGUCUUGAUAUUUUUUCUACUUCUAAUAAUUCACUCCGACUUUAUGAGCAGCUUUAAUUGCAAAUAAAGAAUAGAAAGCAACUAUAGUAAUGAGUGCAGAAAUACGGUGUUUGAAAAGACACCUAACAGCAUUACCCAUCGCAAGUCUGAACUGAUUUUUGUGAAAUAAAUUCACUAUUUUAAAUGCUAAUUAUGCUAAAAACAACUCAAAAAAAUAUGUCUUAAACAAAUUUCAAAAGUUUUACUUUUGGAAGCUAUUCCUAAAAAGACAGUGAAAUAGGUGGAAAAGUAUAAAAUAUUUCUGACAGUGAUUCAGUAUUAUUCAGUGUUUAAUUUCACAUGUUGUACCACAAGUAUAGUGUCAUUGUUGGAUUAAAUGUUGGAUGUUUUUGUUAAUAUGCUUAAAACUGUAACCAGUGAAUAACAUCGUAGUAUUUUUUAUUAUAGAUUAUAUUUUAUUUCAAUAAACUUUGAUAUUUAGAACAA